UACUGAGUGGGCGGUACUUGUCCGUGGGAAUAAUAUAGCUUUUCUAAAAUUCACUGGCAAGUUGUAGCGCCUUCACAAUGAUAUAUCUUCGAAUUGCUUAAUCAAAGCUAUGUAUUUGCAACAUGUCUGCUUAGUAGUUUGGAAGGACUGAAUACUCAGGACUUACAAUACAAAAAUACCAGACUACAGAAGGAAGGAGGUGUCGAUGUGAUAUUAUAUGCACUUCCCUGGGAAUACUAACAUUUCUUUUCUAAAUGGGGGCUUGCGGAAGCUCAGAGAUUGAGAAGGAAACGGAUGAUUCUGGAAAUAAGAAACAAAUCGACGAAAACUCGACUACAAUUUAUAGCCUUGUGAAUUCGAAAGGCGGUGGUACCCUGGUAGACUUAGCUCGCAAGGCAAUAAAAACUGGGGAUUGGGAUGAAUUGGACAACACCAUACGGGGCCCAGUACGGAAUUAUCUUUAUGAAGAAGAAACAAAGAGAAUUCCAAUUCGUACACUUAUUGACAUCAGGCACAAUACAUGCUCAAGGAAGGGUAAGCGAAUUAAAGAAGCUGACAAUAACACAGCAUCAGCAAUCGGUGAAGUAAAGUAUAGGGAUCAAUGUUGGGAUCUUAAUAAAAGAGGAUCCGUUGGGGAAACAAUUCUUCAUCUCUGCUUCCUAAAUAACACCCCAGCACACAUGGAACUGGCAAAGAGGCUUUUAAACAUCUAUCCUGCUCUGGCAAAGGAUAUAUACACUCAUGAUGAAUAUUAUGGUGAAAACUGUCUUCAUAUGGCGAUUGCAAAUGAUAAUUUUGAAAUGGUUCAAUACCUUGUCAAUCAUAGUGUAGAAAUCAAUGCAAGAUGUUGCGGCCAUUUUUUCAGCACAGAUGAUCAGAUUAAGAAACGAUUUGAUACUUAUGAUGACGAGUACGUUCAAAUCUCAAAGAAGACAAACUAUGAGGGGGCGAAGUACUGGGGAGAGUAUCCCUUGUCAUUUGCAGCGUCUUUAGGUCUAAUUCACAUCUUUCGCUACCUGCAUGCCAAGGGUGGACACAUCAACGCUCAGGACUCAAAUGGAAACACAGCAAUGCAUAUGGCAGUAAUUCACAACCAAAUGGUGAGGUUGAUAUAUUUCCGGGAUCCAGGGGCAGAUUUAGGCGGGGAUCGAAAGGCUUAUUUGGAAGAAAUCAUUGAUAGUGAUGGAAUUUUAAAAAAUGAAACUGUGGAAAAUUACUGUUAUAUACAUUACACGGAUACAACAGAGGACAUUGUGCGUAUUUUUUGCGAGAGUAUGACGUAUGCAUUUUGCGUAUUCUACCUGAUAUAUGGCUUGAAUGAAGCUAGGCAGAAUGGCAAGGAUGCUGUUACAUUCUUGAUGAAAGCACCGUCACGCUGCCUGUUCCUUUUUUCCUGUUUCCUGGUUCUUCUGAGCUCUGUUUUUCGCAUCCCACCAUGCAGUCCACAUUUUGAAGAUGCUUUUUUGAUUGUAGCUGUGCUUUCCACUGUUCCCUAUUUUAUGUUUUUCCUAAGGGCCUUUCCGUUGAUUGGUAAAUUUGUGUUCAUCUUCUACAAGAUGCUGUUUGGGGACGUGCUAAAGUUUCUUGCCAUUUAUUCUGUGUUUGUUAUUGGAUUCUCACAAGCAAUGCAUGUCAUAUUUAUUAGUUACAAGGCAAAACCUGGAGAAACAGAGUACUACUUAUUGCAAUCUAUAACUGGUGUGUUCAUCAUGUCUCUGGGAGAGUUCGAUGACAUAUAUAACAAGUUUAACCAAACCAACCACCAUAUAAUAGCUAAGCUUUUAUUUGCUGUGUACAUGGUCCUUGUAUCUCUGUUGCUGAUCAAUAUGUUGAUUGCAAUGAUGGCAUCCACAUUUAGUGGGAUCGAUGAAGCGGAAAAUGAAUAUCAACGACAGUGGGCUCAAAUAGUCUUGGUGAUGGAGCAAAGUUUGUCAACCCGUGCACGCAGGUUACUUCAGACGAAAUAUUCAAACCCAUUGUGUGAUGGUCAUAUAGAGGGCCAUAUAGAGCGUCAUAUAGAGCGCGCAAUUGUCAUGCGAAGCGAAAAUGAGAGUCAUGUUGAGUCAAAGUAUGUAGCCUCCAAGAUCCAGCAUUCAAAGAACAAACAGUUGGUUUUUGAUGGCAGCAGAUUGUUUAACACCAUUGAGGAAGAUUUGCCAUCAGUGGCUUCAAUGUGCUCCACGCCAGAUGUCCCUUUAGAUGAUGAACCCCAACACUUUCCCGAUGUUCUCCCAACCAUGGGGUCAUUCAGUAACAAGACAGGAAUUGUCAAUAAUGGAUUUAUUGAAUAGAAUCAAAUUCUGCAUACUGUAUGAAGAUUAAAGUUUAUUAUUACCUCCGCCAAGGAUGUUAUGUAUUUGCUGUCUGUUAGCAAGAUUACGCAAAACAUAAUCAUUGGAUCAUUAUAAGAUUUAGUGAAAUUGUACAUAAUAAUCAAAGAAAGACAUCAUUCAACUUUGGAAGAAAAGUUCAAAGGAUUUUUUGCCCUCGAGCUUAAAUGAAAAUAAUGGAAUCGCCCCUCAUAUUCAGGCAGCACUCAGGAACGCAAUGUGAAUGAAUAUAAUGGGCGAUUCCAUAUUUUUUUUGGGUAUGCUUCAGCAAUAAAGAAAAUAAUGUGCCUGAAUACGACAGACAAUUCCAUUAUUUCAUUGAGGGCAUGCUGCAGUUUUGUCUAUCAUACACGGCCUGCAUAUUGUUGCUACAGUACUGUAUUCAGACACAGGGUGGAG